UGUAGACCACUCCUGGCUGGGUUUAGCACGAGUCCCGCCGGUAUUUGUCCUAAGCUGGAAUAUUUUGGGUGUUUUCGAUUGGAGGGAAGGAUAUACUUCAUUGGAACAUUGUUAGAUUAUGAAGGCUGAAGUCUGUAUUCGAGAUAAUAUUGGAACUUACAUGUUCCUGACUCACAUGUAAGCAUGUUUGAUAUAGUUAUACCGCGACCUGUUUGUUUCGUAGUGUAGGUCUCAUUUGAAUAAACCGUGAUUAGAAUAAUUAAUACAAUGAGCUUAAAGAAGAAAAGAUCUAGCUUCGGUAAAUAUUCGGAUUCAAUUUUCAAAGAGAAAGAUGAGCAGCAGGGCUUGUACCGGAAGUUAUCGGAAGAGGAGCAAGUGCAAAUGAGGAGGGCGUAUUCCGAAGAAACAACUCCAAUAGUCACAAAAAAGCGGAUACGUCCUUUAAGUUUUACGUACGGUCAAGAAAUCGCUCGAUCAAUUAGUGAGAAAUUCAGGAGAAAGUCAAAGGGAAGCCCCAAAAGUCCGAAAAAUUCUGAAUAUCCUAAUUCCAGUAGAUCGCAACAGGAUGUCGAGCGUAGUGACAGUUUCCCCGGAAACGGACCAACCCCAGUUCACCAAAAUGUGACGGGUGAAAACAUUGCAAGAGAAAACGACAUUCUGGGCGGAAGUCGUGAUUCACUUAUAAAAAAUCAGCCAGAAACAUUUCGACCAAGGGAGGUAGUGAGGAGACGGGUUGUGAAUGCCGAGAUGAACAUCCGCCCAGCUUCUGCGUCAUUUGCAGAAGGUUUGGCAAAUGAAAGAACCACGCCCCCUUUAACUCCUCAACUUCCGGUUCCUUUAACUCCCCCACUUCCGGUUAGAAGUGUCAGCUCCAGCAAAAUAUCGGAAAAUUUUAACAGCAAAGACGAAGAAAAAAGUGACAACGAUAAAACUAAACGAAGAAAAAAGAAAAAGAAACGCUCGUCGUCAUCGUCGUCUUCAUCUUCGUCAUCGUCAUCGUCCGACACCGAGGUUGAGAAAAGGAAGACUGAGAAAGAAACCGAGUCGAAAAAACGAUGUAUUUCGUACUACGGCCCUGUUGUAAUGGAUGGACAGACGCUAAGGCUCCCCACCCAGGGGACGGGCAUGCGCAGAUACCAUAGUCUUACACUUCCCUGCUGGGACGGGACUGUCAUUAAGAAUGGUAGAAUUAUAGAUGACGCGGACACUUCACCAACGUCAUUUCCGCUGGAAUUUGAAAAACCGAAAGUGAAAAGUUCCGGAAGCGGCUAUCCGCUGGUCAACUUCAGGUCAAAGACCUUAGAACCACGCCCAAAAUCCAAUGACGUUGCCAAGGAAUCUGACAUCGGACACAACCAACUUGACUUUGAAGUAAGAAAACCGAACCUCAUAUAUUCCUCGAGGACAGACAUCGGAGGAAACGGGAGUAAAAAACCAGGAAAACCAAUCCGGAACCGGAAGUUGACAUCAUCACAGUCUGAUCUUAGUAAUUCGGAUUCAGAGUGUAAGACUCCAGACGUAACUGCUGCUCGUCCAAAAUCGAUUUCAAGAACCGUUUCUGGCGAGACAACAUCCGAAGCAGACAAGGAGAAAGCGGUUACGCCAGCAGUGGUCAGUGAUAAACCCCGUGACGUCAGGGCCAGUGACCCCGUACUGAUCUACACCACAGCUGACAUAGCGGCAGGGUUAACGCCAGACCGUAAAUAUUCGACAGACGAUGUACAGGUGGAGGAGGUAAUAGAACCCACAACGUUCGUCAGGACAGAUGCAAGUCCACGUGCUGAACAGUUGCGGUCAAAACCUGUUAUCAAUACCGAUGAUGUCGCUAGUUCGAGGCAAGGUUCAGAUCGCCGCCUGCUCAAACAGAAGAAUACUGACGAAAGUUUAGACCAUCCAUUGGAAAACAGAAUAACCCGAAAUCUAAAAGCAUCGCCCGAACAAAGUGGCACAGAUCAUCCUGUGAAUCAUAAAGGAGAUAAGACAAAAGACAAUUUACCGCCCAAGUGUAGCAGUGAAAAGCACUUAAGCGACUCGAAACAAAAGGGCGUUGACAAAUCCAAUGGCGAUGUGAAGAGUGUUGAAAGUGAAUUUGCGCAGCUUCUUGAUCUGCACAAUCCGGUUGUAGAAACGUAUACAGAAGAGGUUAUUCCUCUCCGGGUAAUAGUAGAAGACGACGUGUUUGUCCAGGAAAGCCCCUCGUCAAAUACAUCGUCAGAUUCAAGUUCUAGCUCAGACGAGGAUAUCUCAAAGGAAAACAAACUUCAAAACACAGUUGAAACCAAGAGACCUAUUCCGGUACCAAGGAGAAGCCAAAGUGUUACACAGCCGGAAUCACAAGAUGAAUAUUCCUCGGAGGACAUCACUUCUGACAGACCGAAACUGCAUGAACAAAACAUUCCAUUAAAGCGGAAGUCAUCUACCUCAUCUUCAUGCUCCUCAAAUUCUGACAGUACAUGUGACCGGAAAUAUAUUGUGCAGGCACCCGAAGGAAACAUUAGACCGGAAGUUAAGUCAGAUUUAAUUCCAGUAGAACUAGAUGCUGAACAGGAACCACAGAAAAGACGUCAUCGAUCAAACUCAUCAUCGUCGUCUUCUUCAUCAUCAUCGUCGUCAUCUGAUUCUUCGUCAGAACAACGCUUAAAGUCAUCUAAAAAGAAAGUACAUCCGCAUUCAGAGGUUGGUACAGUAGAAAAAGAUUUUAAAGGAACAACUGAGCCAGAAGUUCAUGCGACAGUCGAUGUGAAAACAAAAAUAAAACCGAAUAUUGAAACGAUCCACAGUCUAACUGACAAUAUCAAGGACAUUCCUGCUGUUGAAAUAAGGGAUACUCCAGUUAUUGGAAAUAAUGAUAUUUCCACUGUUGAAAUAAAAGCCCUACCUGAAGUUGAAAUAAAAGACAUUCCCGCAUUUGAAGUUAAUGACAUUCCCCCUCUUGACAUAAGGAAUAUUCCAGCUGUUGAAAUCAAGAAUACUCUCGCAGUUGAAAACGAAGGAAUAUUCCCUGUUGAAAUAAAGGAUACCUACGCAGUUGAAACCAAACCUCUCCCCACUGUUGAAGUUAAGGUUAUUCCUGCCGUUGAAAUCAAGGACAUUUCCGUCGUUGAAAUCAAGGAUAUUCCCGCCGCUGAAAUCAAGGAUAUUCCCGCCGUUGAAAUCAAGGAUAUUCCCGCCUUUAAAAUCAAGGAUAUUCCCGCCGUUGACAUCAAGGAUAUUCCCGCCGUUGGAAUCCAGAAUAUUUCCGCUGUUGAAAUUAAGGAUAUUCCCGCAGUUCGAAUCAAGGAUAUUCCCGCCGUUGGAAUCAAGGAUAUUCCCGCUGUUGAAAUCAAGGAUAUUCCCGCCGUUGAAAUCAAGGAUAUUCCCGCCGUUGGAAUCAAGGAUAUUCCCGCAGUUGAAAUCAAGGAUAUUCCCGCCGUUGAAAUCAAGGAUAUUCCCGCAGUUGAAAUCAAGGAUAUUCCCGCCGUUGGAAUCAAGGAUAUUCCCGCAGUUGAAAUAAAGGAUAUUCCCGCCGUUGAAAUCAAGGAUAUUCCCGCAGUUGAAAUCAAGGAUAUCCCCGCCGUUGAAAUCAAGGAUAUCCCCGCCUUUGAAAUCAAGGAUAUCCCCGCCGUUGGAAUCAAGGAUAUUCCCGCUGUUGAAAUCAAGGAUAUUCCCGCCGUUGGAAUCAAGGAUAUUCCUGCUGUUGAAGUCAAGGACAUUCCCUCUGUAGAAAUCAAGGACAUUCCCUCUGUAGAAAUCAAGGACAUUCCCGAUGUUGAAAUCAAAGACAUUCCCUCUGCUGAAAUCAAGGCCAUUCCCUCUUUUGAAACCAAAGAUAUCACCAUUGUUGAAACAAAGGCUAUUCCAUCUGUUUUACUCAAGGGCAUUCCCAUUGUUGAAAUAAAAGAAAUACCCGUUGUUGAAAUCAGUGAUAAUCCAGCGGUUGAGAUCAAAGAAAUUCCUUGUGUUGCAAUCAAGGAAAAUUCCGAUCAAACAUUGUAUGUCGCACCAGAUUCAAAAUCUAUUUUGAACCAAUCAACGUCUUUCUCUUCCUCGUUUUCUGACGGUGCAUAUGAGACACCGGAAGAGGAAAUAAAAAUUUCUCCAAGAGGUGUGCAAGAAAAAUCGCCUGACUAUCAGAACUUAAUAUAUGAAGAGCCUUUAAAAAGUCGACGUCGUUCGUCUAGCUCUUCCUCCUCGUCCUCCUCGUCAGAAUCUAAUAGGUCACAUGACCGGGAGACAGACGAAACCAAGCCGAAACUAAAUGGAGAGCCUGACUUUGAAACCAAAGACACCGUCAUAAGCGUUUCAGAGGGAAGCGAAAUUCCGGAAUGCGUGUAUGACGUCAUAGUUGUAAGAGAAUCGAGCCCAAACGACAACAGGUCGAACGACAUCCCACCAACACCCCCUCCGAGAAGGAACAGGAAGACAAAGAAAAAUAACCGGAAGUCAUCCAAACAGAACCGGAAGUCUUCCACUUCCUCGUUAUCUAGUCUGGACUGUUCAGAACCUGUCAAGACCGAUAUUUCAUCACCGUCCUUCAGAAACAAAGAUAUCCAGAGUGUAUAUGAUUCUAUUUUAGAAGGUAGCUUGAUUAAGGACAGAGACACGAUCGACCUGGAGUUUCUGAGGCAACACCAAAAGGAAUUUCCCAAAAGCAGGCGUAUAUCUUCAAGUAACUGUGAUUCCGUGGAAGCUCAAGGCUCCAUUAUGGAUACAAGGAGUAAGAAAGCGGCUCGUGAUAUAUCAGAUGACGUCAUCGCGCCGACAACAAAAGUUUAUCCGCUCACAGAAAGUCCGACCCUUAGAGGAGAGUUAUUGGAACAAAAUUAUCAAUAUAAAAUUAAUGGCAAUAAAGAAGAUAAGCAUCGCCGACCAAGUAGGUCAUCAAGCGAAGACAAGAAGAAACAUCGGCGAAGUGACUCGUCAUCAGAUAAAGAAAAAUUAGGCCGACCUAACAGGUCCUCUGAUGUAGGCAAAGUUAAACCCCGACGACGUAGAACUUCGCAAGACAGAGACAAAAAGAAACAUCGCCGACGCAGUUCUUCAUCAGACGAUGGCAAAAUAAAAACUCGCCGGCGUAGCAGUUCAUCAGACAAGGACAAAAGAAAAACCCGCCGGCGUAGCAGUUCACCAGACCAAGACAAAAGAAAAACCCGCCGGCGUAGCAGUUCAUCAGACAAAGGCAAACGAAAAGCUCGCCGGCGAAGCAGUUCAUCGAACAAUGACAAAAGGAAAACACGCCGAAGUAGCACUUCAUCAGACAAAGACGGAAUGAGAAAUCGCCGACGAAGCAGUUUAUCAAACGAAGGCAAAGAGAAAAUUCGCUGGUGUAGCAGUUCAUCAGACAAAGACAAAAAGAAAAAGCGUCGACAANAAGACAAAAAACAAAUCCGCCGAGGUAAAUCUUCUUCAGAUGAAGACAAAAAGCAGCCCCGCCGCCGACGUAAAUCUUCAUCCAGCGUAGACGAAAUGAAAACACGUCGACCUUCCAUACCAUUAGACCAAAAUAGUCUGAAAACCCGCCGAUGUAGCUUAUCAUCAGACGAAGAAAAAAAGAACAUCCUUUAUCCAAAUGCAAAUUGUGAUAAGAUAAUUAAGAAAUCUCGGCCGAGUGUCCCCUUAGAUAAAAUGGACCAGAAUAUAGGGAGACCUCCAAAAUCGAAGGACGACGAAGAAGAGGAGAACCGCCGACAGAGUUCCUCAUCAAACGAUGAAAAAAGGGGAAACCGCCGACUGAGUUCAUUAUCGGACGAGAAAAGAAGGAAGAACAGCCGAUCGUUUUCAACAUCGGACGAAGAGAGAAAAAAGAACCGCCGACCGAUUUCAUCAUCGGACGAGGAGAGAAAGAAGAACCGCCGAUCGAGUUCAUCAUCAGACGAAGAGAAACAAAAGAACCGACGACCGAGUUCGUCUUCAGAGAGGGACAAACAGAAUAACCACCGACCAAGUUCAUCAUCAGAUGAGGAGAGAAGGAAGAACCGCCGAUCGAGUUCAUCAUCAAAAGAUGGGGAAAGGAAGAUCCGUCGACCGAGUUCUUCAUCGGACGAGGAGAGAAGGAAGAACUGCAGACCGAGUUCAUCAUCAGACGAAGAGAAACAAAAGGAUCGACGACCGAGUUCGUCUUUAAAGGGGGAGAAACAGAAGAACCACCGACCAAGUUCAUCAUCAGAUGAGGAGAAAAGGAAGAAUCACCGACCUAGUUCAUCGUCAGAUGAAAAUAAAAUGAAUGACCGCCGACUGAGUUCAUCAUCAAAGGAGGAGAAAGGGAAGAUUCACCGACCAAGUUCAACAUCAGAAACAGAAACACAAGAAAAACGUCGGUCGAUUUCAUCUACGGCGUCGGGAAUGGUUCGACAACCAAGUGAACAGACAAAAGAUGACCUUUUAGGGGUGUGGCGAGAUGACGUCAGGAAGGUCCGACGUCAUCAGGGACACUCUGCCAUAGUAGCUAUAGACUUGGGCACAACAUACAGCGGCUAUGCCUACUGUUUCACUUCUGACCCCAAUCAAGUGUUUAUGAUGAGGAAAUGGGAGGGUGGAGAUCCUGGUGUUAUCAAUGAGAAAACGCCCACAUGUUUGCUUCUGACCCCUGACCUCGCGUUCCACUCGUUCGGGUUCACUGCUCGAAACACAUAUCACGACCUCGAGCCGGAUGAUGCCAAUUCGUGGGUUUAUUUCGAAAAAUUCAAAAUGAGGCUACAACAAGAAUCUGAAUUGGGUACCGACCUCACUAUCGGUGCUAGUAAUGGCCGACAGGUGAAGGCCUUGUCUAUCUUCUCAUUGGUGCUCGCUUUCUUCAAAGACCACGCACUACGGGAAUUGGGUGACCAGUGUGGCCGAAUAGUAUUGACCGAAGACAUCCGAUGGAUACUGACCGUUCCCGCAAUUUGGCGGCCAUCUGCUAAGCAGUUCAUGAGACAAGCAGCAUAUGAAGCUGGUCUAGUAGCCAACGAUUAUCCGGACCAACUGUUGAUCGCUCUUGAACCUGAAGUGGCGUCAGUAUACUGCCGGAAGUUAAAGCGGCAUCAAACUCUGAUAGAUGUACCACGUCAUGCGCCCUGGAUGGGACAACCGUUUAAAUGUUUGAAUAAGGACUCGGCUGUUGAUGACCACGUAUCCGGUGUGAGGUACAUGGUGGUGGACUGUGGUGGAGGGACAGUGGACAUUACAGUUCAUGAACUGGACAGCUCUGGACAUCUGGGCGAGAUAUACAAGGCCAGCGGUGGAGCGUACGGGUCUGUCGGUGUUGACCGCGCCUUUGUGACGUUGCUGGUCAGUAUAUUCGGACACGUCUUCAUUGACCAGUACAGACACAAAUGCCCUGCAGGUUGGAUUGAUCUCAUGAUGAAUUUUGAAGCCAAAAAACGCUCCAUGUUCCCCUACAAAGCAUCGCCCCUUAAUAUCUCCCUACCGUUUUCAUUCAUCAACUUCUACAAGAAAGCCCACAAGCCGUUGCAGGGGAGUAUUGAACACGUGAUACGGAAGUUCCACGACAAAGAUGUACAGUGGUCACCACAGGGCAUGCUCAGACUAGCCCCGUACGCCAUGUUCCGUCUGUUCGUCCCAGUCCUCGACAAAAUCAAGUCAGCUGUUGGGGACGUGCUUAAUAAUCCUGGUGCUCGAGAUCUCAGAUACUUGUUCCUGGUAGGAGGGUUCGCGGAGUCCGCCAUCUUGCAACACGAGAUCAGAAAGGAGUUUGGUGAGCUCGUGAAUGUUGUGGUACCUUCCGGGUCAUCUACGGUCAUCCUGAAAGGGGCAGUCCAGUUCGGCCUUCACCCUGAGAUAGUGGCGGUGAGGAGGUCCACGCAAACAUACGGCGUGGGCAUCCUCAACAAGUUCGACUCGGAUAAGCAUGUGGAUGAUAAGAAAGUGAGCAGGGAAGGACAGGAUUGGUGCACUGACGUUUUCGAUACCUUUAUUGCAAUUGGCCAGCCUGUUGCCGUGGGUGACGUCGUUCUGCGCAGUUAUACUCCAGCGCAACCUGACCAAAAGGUCAUCAAAAUUAACAUUUACUCAAGUGACGUGUUACUUCCAAGAUAUGUUACAGAUGCUAAGGUGCGAAACUGCGGCUCUCUUACGCUCGACAUCUCUGAAAUAAUGUCUGAUGCCAUUCCAAAUACAAGAGAAAUACAAAUUCGAAUGCACUUUGGAGACACCGAGAUCAAAGUUAGUGCAUUAGAUACUUCAACUGGUCGAUACGUGCACGUUGCCAUCGAUUUUCUACAUGUUUAGUUUCGUAUUCUGAGGACGUAUUGGAGACAACAUUUUACCGGCAAGUUAGCGUAGUGAUGCUGUAAAAGUUGUUUUUCGCGGGGUUCGAUUUUUCGUGAUUUCCGCGGUAACAUUGUUUAUGCGAAAAACAUGUCUUAAGAAAUGGAAGUCAAGACUAUCAUAGCAGUGUUGACAUCAUCAAUAUACACUAUUCGUGCUCUUUGCAAUCAUAGUUACAUUUCUUUCAUGUACAUAAAUGUUGAGAUCAUCCAAUCAUUAUGUAUGAAAAAAACCAAUAUCAAAAUCACGCCGAGAUAAUUACGGACAAGAAAACUGGUGUGAACACGCGGGAUAUACCUUGUAUUUAACAAUGAUUGGGAUCCCCUUUACCGAUAACUCGUGUAGGUUUUCUUACAGCGAACUCGGGUUCAACGAGUUUUAUAUUGGACUGUAGUGUCAUAUUUUUUGAGAAAACGGUUGUAGAUAGUACCAAACACAGUGUUAAAUGAAAUAUUUCACGAAACACAACAAAAAUUGUUUCUAAUUCUUUUUUGGCUCAAAAUGUCGUUGGCUACCAAAACUAUCACUCCAUUGAUAACCGAUUGAUAGUCAUAUCAAAUGGUUAUUUCUCAAUUCAAAAAGAUUGUGUAAGUCGCCCCAUUAGUUUAAGUGAAAUGAAAGAUUCGUCAUUUCAAUUUCCCUAUGAUUGUCACAUCAAACCACUUAAACAUUGUCAUGAGAACUGUACAAUUAUUGAGAAAGUUCCUUCGUAUUAACGGGUAAAUGUUAUACAAAUUACAUGUUGGCUACGGAAGAUUUCCUCUUACAGUUGACUCUUAAGAGUUUAAGUACCUAAAGAUGAAUGUAUAUGUUUACAGUUUAUAUUAAGAAUAUCAGUUCCUAGCGAUGAACGUAUAUGUUUACAGUUUAUAUUAAGAAUAUUUAGUUCUUAGAGAUGAACGUAUAUGUUUACACUUUAUAUUAAGAGUAUUAGUUCCUAGCGAUGAACGUAUAUGAUUACAAUUUAUAUUAAGAAUAUAAGUACCUAAAGAUUAACGUAUAUGUUUACAGUAUAUAUUAAGAGUAU